AUGCCAGAACAAGCAUUGAUAGAAGAGGCAAGAGAGGCAGUCAACAACAAGCAAUAUGAUGUUGCGGAGACAAAGUACCAAAAAUUUCUAGAGGACUCAAGACAAGAACCUUCCACGUCGGCCAAAGUGUUACAACUUCAAGAAAAUGCCAUUUUAGAGUUGGGAAAGAUUUACAAAAUAUUGCUUCAACCUCAAAAGCUUUCACAAUUGCUAACAGAUUCCAGACAACUUCUUGGGAACUUUGCCAAGUCAAAGACUGCUAAAAUUGUCAGAACUUUGAUUGAGUAUUUUGACAACUUGACUGAUGCAUUGGAUGUACAAAUCGAUGCCACAAGGAAAUCAAUUGACUGGGCAGUGGAAUCAAAGUUAUCCUUUUUAAGGCAAAACUUGCAAUUGAAACUCAGUGACCUCUUGUACCAAAAGCACCAAUACCAUGAAGCAUUGAAGUACAUAAAUGAGUUGUUGAGAGAAUACAAGAAAUUAGAUGACAAGUCAUCAUUGGUGGAAGUUCAAUUAUUGGAGAGUAAGAUAUACCAUGCUUUGCGAAAUAUUGCAAAGUCCAAAGCAGCUUUGACUAGUGCAAGAACCUCAGCCAACUCAAUUUAUUGUCCAACGUUAUUACAAGCAGAAUUGGAUUGUCAAAGUGGAAUCUUAAACAUGGAAGAUAAGGACUACAAAACGGCAUUUUCAUACUUUUACGAAAGCUUCGAAGGAUUUAACUCUCAGCAACUGGAUGAAAACUCCAAAACCGCCGUCAAAGUUUUGAAAUAUAUGUUGUUGUCAAAAAUUAUGUUGAAUUUGAUUGAUGAUGUCAAUAAUAUUUUGAAGAACAAAAACGUGGUUCAAUAUCAGUCCAAAGACAUAGAUGCAAUGAAGUCGAUCGCCGUGGCGUAUUCCAAUAGAUCAUUAAAAGAGUUUGAAAGUAGUUUGAUUCAAUAUUCCGCCGAAUUGAAAUCUGAUGAAAUUAUCAAAAACCACUUCAACUCAUUGUAUGAUCAAUUGUUACAAGUGAACUUGUUGAAAAUUAUAGAGUCAUACGAGUGUGUUGAAUUAGAACACAUUGCCAAGGUGAUUGGGUUAAAUGUUAAGCAAGUUGAAGGUAAAUUGAGUCAGAUGAUUUUGGAUAAAGUUUUUUACGGAGUCUUGGACCAAGGUAAUGGAUGGCUUGUCAUUUACGACGAACCAAAAAAAGAUGCAGCGUAUGAAGCUUCGUUGGAUUUGGUUAAAAACUUGUCGGGUGUUGUGGACUUGUUGUAUGAGAAAGCAACUGCAUUAAAUUAG